CCAGAUUCCCAGCCUCCCAGGACGUUCCGGCUCUUACUUCCCAUAAGCCUGUGGGUCCGUUUCCGGUGUCCUGAAGGUUUUUGGACUCGGCGAGUUGAGGUGCUCGCGUCGGGGGAAGUAAUCAGCGCCGGGUCAGAACCGGCAGCGAGGGUGGGGGUGACUCCGGGCAGCGCCCGAGUUGAGGAGGCCCGGGUCGCGGACAGGGCAUGUCGCGUUCGGAGCCUCCAGCCUGUGUGCGCGCGAGCGGUUGCGAAGGAUGGUGUGCGACGGCCGGCGUGGCCGGGCCGGGAAGCACCCUGAGGAGGAGGCAAGAACUGUUGCAUAUUUUGAAAUCAAGGUUCAGCUCUGGCUUUUCUGGAUUCUGUGCUUCACCAAUCGAGGAACCCCAUGGAUUAUUAAUUAGUUCUUGCAGUUCUAGAACCAUGACUGAUGGCUUGGUGACUUUCAGGGAUGUGGCCAUCGACUUCUCUCAGGAGGAGUGGGAGUGCCUGGACCCUGCUCAGAGAGACUUGUACAUGGAUGUGAUGUUGGAGAACUAUAGUAACUUGGUCUCAUUGGAUUUGGAGUCAACAUAUGAGACCAAAAAUACAAUUUCAGAAAAAGACAUUUUUGAAAUAAAUUUUUCCCAAUGGGAGAUGAAGGAAAGAAGUAAAACUCUUGGCCUUGAGGCAUCCAUUUUCGAAAAUAAUUCUAAGUGCAAAAGCAAAUUUGAGGGACCACAGGGACAUCAAGAGGGAUACUUUAGUCAAAUGAUAAUUAGCUAUGGAAAAAUGCCCACUUAUAGAAAAAGUAAAUCUUUUAGUGCACAUCAAAGAAUUCAUAAUAGAGAGAAACUCUAUGUUUGUAAGGAAUGUGGGAAGGCAUGUAGUCAUGGCUCAAAACUUGUUCAACAUGAGCGAACUCAUACAGCUGAAAAAAAACACUUUGAAUGUAAAGAAUGUGGGAAGGACUUUUUUAGUGCCUAUCGACUCACUGUGCAUCAGAGAUUUCAUACUGGUGAGAAACCCUACGGAUGUAAGGAAUGUGGGAAGACCUUUAGUUGGGGAUCUAGUCUUGUUAAACAUGAAAGAAUCCAUACUGGUGAGAAACCCUAUGAAUGUAAAGAAUGUGGCAAGGCCUUCAGUCGUGGCUAUCACCUCACUCAACAUCAGAAAAUUCAUAUUGGUGUGAAAUCUUACGAAUGUAAGGAAUGUGGGAAGACCUUUUUUUGGGGCUCAAGCCUAGCUAAACAUGAGAUAAUUCAUACUGGUGAGAAACCUUAUAAAUGUAAAGAAUGUGGGAAGGCCUUCAGUCGUGGCUAUCAACUUACUCAACAUCAAAAAAUCCAUACUGGUAAGAAGCCUUAUGAAUGUAAAGUAUGUGGAAAGGCUUUUUGUUGGGGUUAUCAACUUACUCGACAUCAGAUAUUUCAUACUGGCAAGAAACCGUAUGAAUGUAAGGAGUGUGGGAAGACCUUUAAUUGUGGCUCAAGUCUUGUUCAACAUGAGAGAAUCCAUACUGGUGAGAAACCCUAUGAAUGUAAAGAAUGUGGGAAGGCCUUCAGUCGUGGCUAUCACCUCACUCAACAUCAGAAAAUCCAUACUGGUGAGAAACCUUUUGAAUGUAAGGAAUGUGGGAAGGCCUUUAGUUGGGGUUCAAGCCUUGUUAAACAUGAGAGAGUCCAUACUGGUGAGAAAACCUAUGAAUGUAAAGAAUGUGGGAAGGCCUUUGGUAGUGGCUAUCAACUUACUCGACAUCAGAUAUUUCAUACUGGCGAGAAACCCUAUGAAUGUAAAGAAUGUGGGAAGGCCUUUAACUGUGGCUCAAGUCUUACUCAACAUGAGAGAGUCCAUACUGGUGAGAAACCCUAUGAAUGUAAAGAAUGUGGGAAGGCCUUCAGUCGUGGCUAUCACCUCACUCAACAUCAGAAAAUCCAUACUGGUGAGAAACCUUUUAAAUGUAAGGAAUGUGGGAAGGCCUUUAGUUGGGGUUCAAGCCUUGUUAAACAUGAGAGAAUCCAUACUGGUGGGAAAUCCUAUGAAUGUAAAGAAUGUGGGAAGGCCUUUGGUAGUGGCUAUCAACUUAGUGUUCAUCAGAGAUUUCAUACUGGUGAGAACCCUUAUCAGUGUACAGAAUUUGGGAAGACCUUUGUUCAUGGCUCAAAUCUUGUUCAACAUGAGAGAACUAGUAAUGAUAAGCCUUAUGAAUAUAAAGGAUGUGGGGAAGCCUUUAUAUGGACAACUUAUUCAAAUGAAACAGUUGAUACUGGUGAAACUUUAUGAUUGAAGAGAUGAAAGAAAAUUUUUUAUGUGUAUAAACAACUUAACAUGAGGAAUCUUAAUCUUGAGAAAGCUUAUGAAUGUAGGGAAUGUGCAAAAGCCUUAUCUGUGUGUGGACAAUUUACUUGAUAUCAGAAAAUUCAUACUAGUGAGAAAUACUUUGAAUAUAAGGAAUAUGAAAAGGCCCUUAGAAUUUUAUACAGUCUUAUUGAAUAUCAGUUUAUACUGAUGUGAAAUCAUUUAAAUGUAAGGAAUGUGUGAAGAUCUUUAUUCAUGGCACAAAAGUCUGGUAAACAUUGGGGAAUUUUUACUCAUUAGAAACACUUUAAGGGGGGCACCUGGGUGGCUCAGAUGGUUAAGCGUCUGCCUUCGGCUCAGGUCAUGAUCUCAGGGUCCUGGGAUCGAGUCCCGCAUCGGGCUCCCUGCUCCUUGGGAGCCUGCUUCUCCCUCUGCCUCUCUCUCUCUCUCAUGAAUAAAUAAAUAAAAUCUUUAAAAAAAAAAAAAAAAAAAAAAAAAAAAAAAAAAGAAACACUUUAAGGAAUGUAGGAAGAACCAAAACCUAAUUCAGUUUUUGCUGUGUGCAUUAGAGAACUCAUACUGCUGUGAAAUUUUAUGAAUUUAAGGAAUUUGGGAAGGCUUACAAAUGUGAUAAAUAUCUUAGGGUAUAUCAUAGACUGAAUGCAAAUGAGAAACCCUUUAAAUUGGGAUCUAGGAAGGCCUUUAGACAAGAACUACUAGAACUGUUGUCUAGAGACUUGUGCCAGUCCACAAAAUUGUUACCUUUCCAUCAUGAGAUGAAUGUGGAAAAUAAGAGUAAGUGUUUGGAAACUUAUAGCAAUUUCAUAUUGCCAUCACAUUAUCAUUGUGUUUUAUAAAAGUAUCAAUCAGCUCAUGAAUGAUUAGAAGUUAAAAAGUUUGCCCUUUCCAAGAAAUAAUUUGAGAGACAACAUUCAGUUUUAAAAACAGGAGACAGGUCACAAUAAAAUUUAAUUAGAAUAAAUGCUUCACUUGUCACUUCUCUGAUUAGAAUAGCAGAAUAUUCACACUACAGGAAGAUUUGGCUAAUGUGUGAGUCACAACUUCCUUAUGCCUGUAAUAGCAUAAUUUAUAACAAAUAGUGUUCAUUUAAUGAAGGUAUAGAAGCCUUCCGACACUAUUCAACCUUUGUUAAACUUCAGCGAAUUCAUCCUGGAGAAUAACCUUAUCAAUGUAACAAAUACAGGAAAUCUCUCACACAUGGCACAAACCAAACUUACUGUCCUCACCAUUCCACCUUCUUACUACCUAUGGGUAGUAUGCAUCAGAUCCUUGGAAGAGUAUCUCGUAUGUAGCCUAAGCUCAAUACAUGUUUGCUAUUGUUCUUAUUAUCUUCAUCAUUAGUAUUACUACUAGUGAAUUCUUAUGAAAAGAAUGCUCAUUGGUGUAAUGAAUUUAGACAAGAUUCCAUAACCACUCAUCCAUUUGAAUUUCAGAUAGUUCUCAUUAUGGAUAAAAUCUAGAAAAACACGAACUUGAGAGGAUUUUUAUUCAGAGUUUAUCCCUUAAGCUGCAUAAAAAAUGAAGGCUGAAAAGAAAUGUGGACUUAGUGUUAAAGAUGCUGGGAAUAUACCUAUUGAAGAACCAGGGAGAGGUGUGAAGCAAUUUGCCUGUGAUGAAUAAAAACAGAGAAGUAGCCAGUGACUUAAGAUUCUCUGCUCACAUUUUGAGAUAAAUUACAAAUUAAAAAAACCAAAAAUUUGUCCGUUUGGGAAUUCUUUCCCCAAAUUUUAUAUUACAAAUUUCAGGCACUUAGAAAAAUUUAAAGAACAGUAUAAUAAACAUCCAUGUACUCUAUUUAGAAUCAGUAAUUAUUAACAUUUGAUCAUAUUUGCUUUCUCUCUGAAAUUAUAGGUAUGUAUGUGUACAUAUACUCACCAAUAUCUUAUGACAUAGAAGUGAUACUUAAUUCCUGAAUAUAUUAGCAUGCAUCUUUUAAGAAUAAGAACAGCCUUUAAUACCAUGGUCACACAAGAAAAUUAUCAGUAAUUCUGUAAUAUUCUUUUAUAUUCACUUCAUAUGUCCCAAUACUCCCAAGGUAUCCUAUUGCUAUUUAUUUUCUAACCAGUAUCUUUUCUAUAUUCAUGUAUUGCAUUUGGUUAUCAUGUCUCUAGAUUUUAAUCUUGAAAAGACUUUUUGAAAUGUUAAGGAAAGCUGUUUUAUAGAAUGCCAUGCAUUCUGGAUUGGUUUCUUCCCUCAUGGUGAGCUUUAAUUUGUGCCUCUAUCCUUUGUAUCUCUCAUAAAGUCGAGUUAGAGCCAGAGACUUAAACAUUUUUGGCCAGAAUACAUGAUAUUUGGUGAUACAUACUUCAUAUUGCAGUACACCAGAAACACAUAAUACCCAUUUUUCUCACUACUGCCAAUGCUAAGUUUGGUCAUUUGCUUAAGAUGGUGACUGCUAGAGCUCUCCAUUAUAAAGGUCCAUUAUACAACUAGUAAGAUUGGUGAACCUUUUAACUACUUUUGAAAAUGUAGUCCUGUCAUAUGUAUAUGUAAGUUCUGAAUUAAAGAUAAAAUGGAAACAAUUACAGAUUGUUCAAAAAAGAAUGAUAGUUAAAUUGUGUAUCAGAAGUUGUAGAAUGUGCCUGAGGCUCUAUUCAGUGGAAAAUACCUUUUAAUGUGUCUUGGAGGAAACCAAGAUGCAUCUGGCCAGAUGGAGGGCCAGAACUAUGCUUUGUUUUCCCCAGUAUCUGCACCAUCCCUGUCACACUGAACUAAGAAGCUAGAAAAAUAACAAACCCUAAACCAAUAUACAGAAGCAAUUUAUAUAACUAAAAUUGUCCCAGAAUUUCUGAAAUUAUGUCUCAAAAAUUACCAGUACUGAAUAGUACUUGACAAACAGUGGGAUUCUCUGGUUAAUGAAGCCUAUGAAGUAGAAACUACUAAAUCCCCUCUCAAGGAAAAAUCAAAAGCACCUAGUCAACUUAGAAAACUAGAGUAUUCUAUUGAAUGAAAUUGUUUGACCUCAUUUAAACUGGUGAUCUCAAACUUUACCAUGGAAAUACUGAUGCCCAUUACCUAUUUGCAUCUUAGGGAUAUGAAACUGCUUUGGGAAUGCUGCCAUAACUAGGAGGCCCUAAAGUUGGAUAUUUCAGUCACUAAGUCUGCUUGUUAUGAUGGAAUGGUAGUUAGCAUCAUGCUCUCAAAUGAUUGCCUUCUAAUGUUUUCUUUUAUUCGUGAGUAAAAAUCUUUGUUGUAUCUAAGUCAAAAGGGCUCCUGAGUUAUCAAUGUCAUUUCAUCAUCUCUUCCUGCAAUUGUAUAGUAUUUAAUUUGUUAAUGUGAUAAUUUAUAUUGACAGAUUGUUUGAUUUUCUCCCAUUCCUGGAUAUACCCAGGUUAAUUAUUGGUAUAUGUAUGUAUUCUGGUGCACUGCUAGAUUUCACUUGCUACUAUUUUAUUUAGAAUUUUUACAUCUCAUGAGUGAGAUUAUAUAAAAGUUAUACUUUUGAGGUAUUUUUGUUAGUUUUUGUAUUGCAAUUACCUGUUCUUUAAAAUUGUAUGACUGUAUUGGGUUAUUUUGUUUUGAAUUGGAGAUCUUUAAUCACUUUUCUAGUUCCGUCUGUUGAUUUUCUUAUCUUUGAAGUUCUACUUUGGACACAACAAAUUCAGAGUGCCCAGCACAAUUCUUUUAAGGAGGCUUUGCAGCCAUGUAGUACCAGCUAAGAUUCACAUAAAAGGAGCAUUACAACAUUGAAAAUCCUUCAUUAUGUCUUCUUGGGAGUACUAUGUUGGGAAAUCAGAGCUCCUUAUCAGACUGUUAUGAUCGUACUUGUGCAUGUUUUUCUCCAUAUACUGAAAGUGGAGUUGCUUGGGUUUGGUCAUGGGUAUGCCUAUGUUCAACUUUAGUAAGUUUAAUUUUUCUAAAUAGGUUCCAAAAAUUCCAACUGGCACUCCCACCAACUGUAUGAAUGUUCUGCUUUCUCCAUAUCCUUGACAAUAUUUGGCAUCAUCAAUUAAAAAGAAAAGUGUUUGCUACUCUGGUAGGUA